UUGUUCCUUGUUCCUUGUUCUUCUUCAUGGACAAAUGCUUUCUUCCUGACUGGCCUAAAGAGGCUCGUCACCAUGCACUUAAUAGAGGACCCUUUGGCAGCCUUGAAUGGCCACCGCUCCCUCCCUACGCUAGUACAUCACUCCAUGCUUAUCAUAGCUUUCCUUUCUCAUCUCUGUCUGCUGAAGCCAUCAAAGAAGACAGAGCAACUGCAGCUUCCAAGAGCCACAGCCAAGCUGAGAAGCGCCGCAGGGAGAGGAUCAAUGCCCACCUUGCUCAUCUCAGGAAGCUAGUUCCUCGGUCUGACAAGAUGGACAAGGCUACCUUGUUAGGCAGCGUGAUUGAACAUGUCAAGAACCUAAAGAUAAGGGCAGAAGAGACCACUCAAGACUUCCUAGUCCCUACUGAAGUCGAUGAAGUAACUGUCGAUUUCGAAGAAACUGAUCCAGAGCCCAUGAACAGUAACAUUAACAAGGGAAACAUCUCCUUCAAGGCUUCAAUCUGUUGUGAGGAUAGGCCAGAUCUUUUCACAGAUAUUAUUGAAGCACUCAAAGAUCUGAAGCUAACAACAGUUAAGUCAGACAUAGCCACUGUUGGUGGUAGGGUUAUAAACGUUAUGACCCUCAGUGCUACCAGGAAUUAUGAGGAGGGCACCACCAGCUUAAAGACUCUCAAAAAGACUAUCAAAGUAGCUUUGACUAGAGUUGCUUCAUCUUCUUCAGUGACCUCCAUGAACGUUCGCUCAAGCAAGAGGCAAAGGACCUUGUUGCCAUCUUACCAUUCUCAGUCUCACGUUGAUCCCUAUGAAGCUUUAGUGUGUGCAGCUUCUGGUUCGAAUUCUCAAUCACACACCCUUUAAACCACAUAUUUGAUUUUAUAU